AUGUUUGUGCUUAAGAAUGUUGGACUGCGGGGUUGGGAGGAUAUUUACCUGCUUCACUCAUAUCACUGCGACAUCCGUUCUUCCUGGGAGCCCACUGCCGAAGCCUUGAAGAACCGUAUCCCAGGUCAUCGCCAUGUGUGGACUGCUGUUACAGUGCCUCACCUAGCCUUCCCUUCAAUGCUGAUUGAGCUUGAGGUUGAGGUCAAGCGUCAGCAAUAA